UCCGGGAUGAGCAGCGGGACCCACACGGACUCCCUCGAGGAACUGAAUCGAAGAACGAGCCCGUUGGCCGGGCAGCAUCAUUUCCUCCUGCCGCUCAUUGGCCCCGGGGCACGGCCUCGCUCCCCGCUGCCUCCCCGCUGGGGCCGGGUGCCCCGGUCGGAGGUGGGGGCAAUGGGUGCUCUUUAAAAGGCGAAGUUCCCCAUCGGCGGCAGUGAAGGAAGUGAACUCGCGCCGAAACACCCUGCCCCGGCCAUGCGGAGCGACGGGCGGCCCUGGUGCGUGCUGGCAGUUGUCACCAAAGGGCUCUUCAUCCUCUGGGCGGUGCCGGGCCAGGGGGGGCGGUCCCUGCAGCCCCCCACCCUGCAGCAGAUCCAGGCGCUGGUAAGGCACAUGGCCGAGGAUGCGCAGGACCUCUUCACCUUCUAUGAGGAGGACCAGCGCCUGGCAUUCCACCACCUCUGCCGCACCAACCACCCUCCCGAGUGGCUGCGGGGCCCGGUGCUGGGGCCCGGGGGGCUGCGGGGGCUGCGGGGGACCAUGGCCCGCAUGGCUCGGGCGCUGCAGGACAUCACCCGGCAGCAGCGCGACCUCAACCCGCCCGGUGCCGAAAUCCUGCGCCGCUUGGCCAGCACCCACCUGAAGGUGCGGGGGCUCCUCAACAACCUGGACGGGCUCUUCCCGGCCCCCCGGCCCGGCCCCCGGCCCGCGCCCGGCCCCACGGCACCCACCAGGGUGUUCCGGCAGAAGCUGGAGGGCUGCCGGCUCCUCUGGAGCUACGCGCGCUUCAUGGCCAAGCUCAGCGCCCAGCUGGAGGCUCGGAUCCGAGCCCGAGCGCGCCGGGAUAAGCGGAGAUCACACCGGGGCUCGCAGCUGCCUGCACGCUCCUAGCGUGGCCACUGGAGGUGUCCAUGUGUCAUCAUCUCCAUCAUCUCCAUUCUACCCAUCCCUUUCCCUGCGGUGGACACUCUCCGGCUGGCCGGGAUGCACCAUGGGGACCCCCUAAGCUCGCAGGGGUGAGGACACCGGCGUGCCCGGAGGAGCUCCCAUCACCUCAGCUUGCCAUGAGGACCAAGCUGUCCCCGUGCCACCGCUCGCCCGGCUGCAGGACAGCCCCGCUCUUCUCCCAGCAGCUCCCCCAUCUCCUGCCCCACGUUCCGGUGCCGUGGGGAGCUGCACGCUCCGGUGUCCCCAGUGCCACCGCGGCGGGAUGGAGCUGGUCCUUGUCACUGAGCUCUGCCGGAGUUUCCAGUGAUUCAGUGGGUCUGGUGACCCAGCCUGACUAAGAGCCAGCACCCGCCUGCGCUGGGGCUGCCGGCCCCUGAGAGCAUCUUGGAGUGGGAUCCUAUGAGCCCCACAUCCCUGGGAGCUUGGUGUCCCUGUGUGUUCCACGUGUCUGCAAGCUCCAUGUCCCUGUGCGCUCCGUGUCUCUGCAAGCUCCGUGCCCUUGGCGUCCCAUCAAGCUGUGUGUCCCCACAAGCUCAGUGUCACUGUGCUCACCCCUGGGCUCAUCCCUAUGCUCUCAAUGUCCCCCUGUGUUUGGUGUCCCUGCGCUUGUCCCUGUGUUGCGCCUCUGUGCUCACUCUUGCACACACGGUGUCCUCAUGCUCUGGGUGUCCCCAUGCUCAUGAUGUCCCUGUGCUCUCAGCAUCCCCAUGUCCUGGGAGAACCCAGGCUCAUCCCUCUCUGCUCAGUGUCCCUGUACCCUCAAGUGUCCCCAGGCCCCUCGGGCUGUGCCAGGCAGGGGCUGGGCUCCAGCCACCACACUGUGACACUGGGUGGUGGCACACCCUCACCCCCCCAUUAAUUUAUACUGUAUUAUUUGUGUGUUUUUGUAUUUAUUGACUCCUGGUGUUAAUUUAAUGUGUCCCCACAGUGGGAAGAGAUAUUUAAGGACAUGCUUUUAAUAUAUAAAUAUCUAUUUUUGUGAUAAAUCUUAUUUUGUAUCAACUGAA